GUGUGUGUGUGUGUGUGUGUCUUUAUAUACAAAGUUCUCUUCUUCUUCUUCAUUGAGCAUCGAAACUCACCUACCAGUACACAAAGCUUGAUUCAAUGGAGGCCACCGAGCAUGCCCACCAAGUGCGCAAUCCCUUGCUGGAUGCGCCGCCACGCACAGCAGAGACUUACCGGCGGCGAUGGCGGGGCGUCAUGGUGGCGGUCUUGUGCUCGUUCGUUGUGCUGGCAUCGGUGGUUGCAUUGGUGAGAAACAAUAGGGAGCAGAGAGAAGAAACUACGUCGUCUGGAGAGAGGUGGCGGAUUCCGAGAGGGGUGGAGGAAGGAGCAUCAGCCAAGUCCAGUCCGGCACUGAUGGGUUCGGAUAAGCUUUUUUAUAAUUGGACCAAUGCUAUGUUCUCUUGGCAACGAACUGCUUAUCAUUUUCAACCCCAAAAGAAUUGGAUGAACGAUCCUGACGGUCCAUUGUAUCACAUGGGGUGGUACCACCUAUUCUAUCAGUACAACCCUGAUUCGGCAGUUUGGGGCAACAUCACAUGGGGUCAUACUGUAUCAAGGGACCUGAUUCAUUGGCUCUACCUUCCCAUUGCCAUGGUUCCCGAUAGGCCAUUUGAUAUCAAUGGUGUAUGGACUGGAUCAGCCACAUUGUUGCCAGAUGGCAAAAUCAUAAUCCUCUACACCGGUGACAACGCUGAAAAGGUACAGGUACAAAAUCUCGCUUACCCUGCCAACCUAUCCGAUCCCCUUCUCCUCCAUUGGGUCAAAUAUGCCCAUAACCCAGUUUUGGUGCCUCCAACCAACAUCGGCCCGAGAAAUUUUCGUGACCCAUCCACCGCAUGGAUCGGGCCAGAUGGGCAAUGGCGAGUAACCAUCGGGUCAAAAUUAAAAGAGACAGGCUUUUCAUUUGUUUAUAGGACAAGAGAUUUCAUCCACUUCAAGAAAAAUGUUCACCACUUGCAUUCGGUUCCUGGUACGGGUAUGUGGGAGUGCGUGGACUUCUACCCGGUUUCACUAAAUGGGUCUAAAGGCUUGACCACGUCAGCAUAUGGCCCAGGAAUUAAGCAUGUGUUAAAGGCUAGCAUUGAUCAUGCUAAAGUGGAUCAUUAUGCACUUGGGACUUACUUCAUUGAGAAUGAUACAUGGAUACCCGAUAACCCGAAAGAGGAUGUGGGCAUUGGGUUAAGAGUGGACUAUGGAAGAUACUAUGCAUCAAAGUCAUUUUAUGACCCGGUCAAGGAGAGACGUUUGCUUUGGGGUUGGAUUAAUGAAACAGAUACCAAAAAUGAUGACUUGAAAAAGGGAUGGGCAUCUGUUCAGACUAUUCCUAGAUCAGUUACAUUUGACAAGAAAACUGGAACUAAUAUUCUUCAGUGGCCAGUAGAGGAGAUAGAGAGUUUAAGGCUAAGAAGGUUUGAAUUUGAAGGCAUCGUCCUCAAGCCUGGCUCAGUUUUGCCCUUGAACAUAGACUCCGCAACACAGCUGGACAUAUUUGUUGAAUUUGAGAUUGAACCGUCGGGUUCCCAAGAGAUUGAUGAAGACAUUGAGGGCUGUGGUGGUGGAGCUACUGAUAGAAGUGCUUUGGGACCAUUUGGCCUCUUGACUAUAGCUGAUGAUACACUUUCUGAGUUGACACCCAUUUAUUUCCGUCUCUCUAAUACAAGCCAUCAAAAUUCAACUACUUUUUUUUGUGCUGAUGAAACUAGGUCAUCUAAAGCUCCUGAUGUCACAAAGACGGUUUAUGGAACUGAAGUUCCAGUGCUCAAUGAUGAGAUGUCGAUGAGGGUAUUGGUUGACCAUUCAAUCAUUGAGAGCUUUGCUCAAGGGGGGAGAAGAGUGAUCACAUCUAGGGUUUAUCCAACAGAAGCAAUAUAUGGAGCAGCAAGGUUGUUUCUAUUCAACAAUGCAACAGCCAUUAACAUGAAGGCCACCCUCAAGAUUUGGGAAUUGAACUCUGCUUUCAUACGCCCUUUUCCUUUUGAUCAGAGUCAAUGAAAGGCUCUAGUACUAAUAUUAUGUGCAUCUUAUUAUGGUAAUAUUUAUUAUUUCCAUGGGAAAUAUAAAAUAAAUGGUCAUAAUCUUGUGGUGGAAAGCUAAAUCUUUAGUACAAUAAAUUAAUUUUAACUAAUUAAUCCCUUU